AUGUUGGCGGCAAACAGUGGCGUUUGGAUCUGCCCCACGCGCGAGCUUGCGCUGCAGAAGCAUGACUUGGUGCGACAGAUGGGUUAUUCAUCCUUCCUGGCAAUCCCCGGAGAGAGGGUGCCGCGAAACGUGACGGCGCAAGUGGUCAUCGGCACACCGGGCAAGGUGCAGGUCUUGUUCAAAAAGAAGCUCUUGCGGGACUCGAGGGCGUUGAUGAUCGACGACGCUGAGCACCUCGAAGGCAGCAUGAUGGCACAGGUGCUGGACAUCCGCCUGAAGCUUCCAAAGGACCUGAAGGUUGGUUUCUUCGCCACGACCUGGUCCCACGACCUUGCAAAGCUCUCGAAGUCGAUGGUCUCCAACCCCAGCGUGAUCACAGAGCUCACAUCACCAACUACUUCCAAGCCCAAGUGGCCGGGCGCUGCUGCCUGCGAAUGUUCUCUGAGGAGGGCGAGGAGCCCUGGGCGCUCUGGCCGCUGGCGGGAUGUGACCUGGAGAUGGAUUGGGGCCGUGGAUGCAGGAGCUAUCAGUAAGUAG